UCCCAGUUGACUUUCAGGAUAUUUGCCACCCUCUGCUUUGUCUCUCAUUGCCGCCAUUCUCUCUCUCCUCCAUGCUACAGGAACAGCCUAGACUCACGUAGAAAUUGGAUCAGAGAACAUCAAACGAAGAGCCAUCUCUCGGUCAAAUCAAAUCCUCCCUCGGUGGGAUCAUCAAGCAGCAUUUCUCCUCUUCCUUCUAAGUUAAAUAGUCUGGACCACCCUUCAACUCCACAGAAUGAAGUCUUCAACAGCAAUGCUGAAAAGAGGAUGAAACAGGACAAGAAAAUCACAACGGCAAGCGCUCGAGAAGUCCCACGUGAUGUCGAGGGCAGUGAAAGAGGUUCCGUUUUGUCGAGUAUUGACAGCAACGACUAUGGCUUCUGGUCGGUGUUGAAAUCUAGUGACUUGGAGCAACUUGACAUCCUAGGGAGGAGUGGGCUGAGUGGCCCUUCCUUUGCAGAAACGAGGUUUUGCCCGGCGAAGAAGGACAUGGGUUAUCUCGUGGAUAGAAAUGAUGACGAUUUACGAGUUCCCGAGUUGAUGAUCUGCUACCGAGAGAGCUCUUUCCUCGAAGUCAAGGACAUCUGCAUUGAUGAAGGCGUGAAUUCUCAUGAAAAUGUCUUGUUUGAAACCGACAGGGACAAAGGCCCGGGUACCAAUUUUCUCGGCAGCGAGGAUAAAGGGAGAAAUCUAUCUUGCAGAAGGAUGGACGAUCAUUUCUCCGCUGCAAACUGUUUGAACUGUUCAGAAUAUCAUUACUUUGAGGAUGCUGUUAAGCUGCAUGUUCGUGCAAAUUUAGUACCGACCGAAAUCGAGGCAGAUGACAAUGCGGAUGCCAUGUCCAAAGUGAGAGAUGUUGCCUUGGAUAUUCUACCCUGCGAUUCAUCUGAUAAUGUCUGCUAUGGAAUCACGCAACCUUCUUCUAAGGAGUCAAACUUAGAACAGAUCAUCCGCGCCACCGCUCUGGCAUCGGCAAGCGAAGGAAUUUGUGGUAGCUUGGAAGAUGCAAGUGCAACCUCUGGAGACCCCUCUUCAGCUUCUAAUUCAGAAGAUUCUCCGAACCACAGCCACAUCGAGAAACUGCCUGAUGAUUGCGAGGCUGACAAAGUGGCAUGCCCGCCUGCUUCCAGAGGAACUGACAAGGAUGCUCCCGACGCUAGCAAGGCAGAAUGCAGGAGCACUGCCCCCAACUCAAAUGCUUCGGCCCCUGCAUCCACGAGUGGAGAGGAAAUACACACCACCGAGACUCGAAAUAAGAUGAAACAUGACGGGGUUUCCGAUAGUCCAACAGAGCGUCAAGCUGAAAUAUUUAGCGGGGAAUCGAGUUUCUCAAUGGCAGGCCCCAUCUCCAGCCUCAUAACUUACUCGGGGCCCAUUGCAUAUUCGGGCAACCUUUCACUAAGAUCGGAUGGCAGCACAACCAGCAACAGAUCUUUCGCCUUCCCCGUAUUGCAGGACGACUGGAACAGCAGUCCGGUGCGAAUGGCGAAAGCCGACCGGAGGAUUUUCCGGAGGCAAAGGGGCUGGAGGCAUGGACUUCUCUGCUGUAGAUUCUGAAAAGCUUAUUACAUUCUUUGAGGCUUACUUGUAGAUGUCCACAUACUCCCCGUCUUUCGUUUGUCCCUUUUCUUGUCCACCUGGGAUGUCAACAGUGGCUGCUGCUGGAAUGAGAUGUAGAAGAUCAUGUCUAGGCUGAAUUCCUUUUGGUCCUUCAGGCGUCCUCUAUUCAUCAAUCUAGAGAGCAAAGUUCUCCUUCUCUAA